AUGACUGAGCCCGUCGAAGUCAGAGAUUCUGCUCAGUCUAAGCCAGUGCAACCCCCAAACAAUCUUGGCCAGGAAGUUGAUACAAAUCCGACACCUGGUAACAUCACUACCUCUCCCACAUCAGGACCAGCACGCAAAUAUCUGACCUUGAAGCCCCUGAAGAAGCUCGAUCUGCCUCAUCACCCGUCAUAUGAUAAUGCUAGUUCAGAUCAUCAUGUCACUCUAGCCGAGUUCCUCGACGAUGUGCUCAGCGAGGUACAAAGAAUCAACUUCGAUGAAGGGUUCGAGAAGCGGGGAACCUGGAGCCCCGACAAUGGACAUGUGAUGAUGCCGCCGCUUAGUGCUACGGGAAGCAGCGAUAUGGUUACAGUCCCAGUCUCGGUUGAGAAGCGUAUCAAAGACUUGAACCAAGCCAGUUGGAUGGCUAGAACCUCUACCCACAGCAACGCUCAUGUCAAGUUCUCAGAAUUGGGAGAUCUUUUGGCGAAAGAUCACAGCCGUAACGAAGCUGCAUAUACCCCGAGUGUUUUCGAUGCGGUUGAGCUACUGAGAUGGGAUCCUGGAGAAGCGUUGAGAGCUGUGAAUCACCACAAGGAGGUUCAUAGCGUGGAAAUGUUCAUAUCGCAAAUGUUCCAUAUGAUGCCCAAGGUAGCCGGUUUGAGCCUAUUACAAGAUCGGGUCUUUCAUGCGUUGAUAGUCACGAUGAACACAUACAAUGCUGAUCUCUCCGAGCUCGCUUCGUCUGUUACUGUACAGCUUCCAAUCGAUUAUGCAUCAUUUGGCAAUGUCAAGAUCAUGCAAGAGAGGAGCCGGAUGGAAACGAAAGGAUCUUCGCAACUCUACCGAUUCCCGUCGAAUAUCGGGCCAGACUCAACACCUGACGCGAACCAGAAGCAGCGACAGGGGAAAAAGCUGACAGAAGGAAUCUACGUCUCGUUGGAGAGGCUGAUUGGCGCAUCAAGAACACGUGUCGAUGGGGAUGCUGCGCGGCAAGCAGAGUCGCCCGAUAGCGACCGUCAUCGUUGGGAUAUGACAUACGAGUCUCAGCCACCACCCUCGCAAACAGGGUACCAAGCGCAAGAACCAGUUCCACCGCAGCAAUAUUCCCAGAUCUCGAACCAGGAGGGCCAAGAAACAAAGCCUUACAAUCGAAUCGAUACUGCUGGGUCAAACUUCUACCAUCAACCAAGCCCGCAGAGUCAGCCUGUGUCUCCGAUAUCGAAUCGGCCUAGUGUGAGCUCCGCCUCUGGCUACCAGCCUAUCUCUGGGCGCACCGACUCGGUGAGCUCGAUAGCUUUGGCCAAUCUCUAUGCACAACGCGCAGAGAAUAAGACAUCCUCACCAAGACCUCUCGGACAGAAGCUACCCGCGUCACCUCCACCUAGAGAUGACAAGUCCAAGUUUAGUGUUCUGGCUGCCGGUGCACCUUCUGAUUGGGAACACCUAGGUGGCAGUGAGGAAAUUGACGAUGAAGAACUCUUUGGUGCAAAGAAAGAAGAUAAGAAAAGCGACAGUACUCAACCGGAAAGUAUUGAACUACCCGCUCACGUUCCGUCUCCCCCAUCGACGCAUGGGUUCCCCAGUCCUGCUGUACGUCCUGCACACGUGAGUUCGAGCGAAUGGGAUGAAGGUUUUACACCUACACCGCCGUCUGUGGCAACAGGACUUGCUGUACGUCAAGAUUCCCAGUCAUCAGAUCAAGGGUUCAUCGUCGGAGAUGCAAUUGUCGCGCCCUUACGGACUACUCCCAAACCCAUACAGGGCACGAAACCCCCUCAUCAGCCUGCUGCGUUGAUGACUGGGUCUGGCUCUACAGAGGGCGGAUGGGACACGUCGCAACACACACCUACCCAACCGAAGCAUUUUUUUGGGUCACAAGCCAGUAAUGAAUCCACCGGCGUGGUGCCCUCCAGCUACGACUAUGCUAUAGAACUGAGAGAGAAGGACGACCUUAUCAACCAAUUACGCGCAGAUACGGAACGGGAGAAGAAGGAGAAGGAUGAUGUUCUCCAACAGUUACACACAGACACAGAACGGGAAAAGGCCGUACUACAAGCAAAGAUCGAUGAACUUGAAGCUAGCAGCCAGAAAGUUGUGUCUGAGUACGAAGCUAAGAAAGCUCACAGCACGAGCGAGAUGGACGUGUUACGUGCACAGAUUGAGACUAUAAGAAUCACCACAGACCAAGCUAGUGUCAAUUAUGACGCUAUGGUGAAGGAGAAGAACACGGCGAUUGACAUUUUGAAAGAAGAUGUGGAAGGGAAGGAGCACAAUAUUGAGGAGCGUGAUAGUUCUGUCGCUGAACUAAAGCGCCAACUUGAAGCCGAAAAGGCGAAAGAACCGCCGAACCCCACACCUGCUGAUAUGAUACCGGACCUUGAUCCGUGGUAUAUCGGCUCGUUAGAACGAUACAUAGCCAUGCUUCGUAGUGAGGCCGCGGAACCGCAAGUCGAAGAGAAGGUCAAGAUUUUCAAGGCGUUCAUGAAAGUCGAGUCUGCCAUGCGGGCCAUCGUCUCCACUGAUAUCUCAACACAAACAGUUCCAGUGGAGCCAGAGGUACCACACCAACCAGAGCAAGCUGCUCGCUCUCGUGCAACCUCGAACAUCUCCACUAAGAGACAGGAUCUGAACAUCCAGGUGCCACAGGAGUCUGAAUUCGACGACUAUGAAUAUAGUCCUGGUGGUAGACCUAUCUUGGCGCGCCAAACUACAAUUCCGCCUACAGAAAACUACCAGGGUGUUCCAAGGGCGCCUCCUUCGGUGCAAUCAACAACCAUCCUGACUCCGACCAGCUCCAUUGAUGACGAUACGAACAAGACGCCAGUGCAAUCUCCACCUGAAGAGCAGGUGCAACACCAAUACAAGGCAUAUGUCCCACCUGCUAGCAUAUCAGUUGACCCUGCUCCAUUGAGACACAGACCAACAAUGUCCUUCUCUAAUACGCCAGGAGUAACUUCACCGUCAGGCCGUAGCAACAGUAAGGGGCACGAUGAGAUAUUCUUUGGAGCUCAUCAACCGACUGCUCAGACGCCUGCCUCCCGGCCUUCCAGUAGCGAAGCAGACGUCCCUUUGCCAUUGAAUCUGACGCCGCGCCGUCCGAUCUCAACUGCACCAACGAAAGAAGAUCCAAACAGAGUGCUGAAGGAACUAGUAUCUAAAAAGGUGCAUUCCGGCCUUCCAAAUCACCGGAUUCAGGAUAUAAGGGCUAGGCUCGUUGACAUAGGAUCCAAAGCCAGCGCCGCCGAAGAAAUUACGAAGACAUGGGAGAAAUCUGCAUCUCUGAGUCGCCGCAAGAAGGACGACGCCCGUCGCAAGCGUCAAGAAGAAAACGAGGAGCACAACGAUGAUCUGUUCAACAACAACGAGAUAUCGUACGCGGAGAUGAAUCAGCUCGAGGAAGAGUUCAAGCAGAAGGAGGGAGAGCUCAAAGCGCAAGAGGACAAAGAGGAAUAUCGUGACUAUGUGGAAACCGUAUUCGACCCCAUCUUCACCGGGCUCCACGGCGAGAUCAAAGCCCUGAUGGACUUGCACAUCGAAACUAAGCGCAUACUACCGUCUUUCGUAACAGGACUAAAGAGUAUGCAGGGAACCGAUGCUCCAAGCACAAAAGACUGUUUCGAGCUCCUGAAAGAAAUCCACGAGCAAGUGGAAAAGAGACACGACGAUGUCGUACAACUCGUUGCAGAGCGCGACAGACGCUACAAGAAGACGGAGACACAACCUCUGUACGCUGCUGGCAACAUCAGCCAGAUGAAAACCGUGGAGAAACACUACGACAACGCUGAAAAGCAAGCUGUGUUCAAAGCUAAGCGCGAGAAGGCGGAGCGUGUAGGCGAACUUGUCCGCCUUGUCGAGGACAUGAUUGUCAAUGCAGUCAGCACUGAGCAAAAAGAAAUUGACCACAUCGUUGCAGCUAUCAAGGACCUUGAGGAUGGCAGCGGUGAUCCAGCGGUCCUCGAUGAUGCACGAACCGCUCUUAAGGCUCUGAAGGAAUCAUCAAAAGCGCUUCUCUCCCUCUUCAAUGCGCUGGAGAUUGAAUCCAAUAACGCCGAUAUCGACGCGGAGAUUGCGCAAGUGACAGCCGAUGGUGUAGAUCCAGCGCGCAUACUCGAAUUGGAGGCUGAGAAGAGGGAAGCAGAGAAGGACUUGUUGGAGGAGUUUCAAAGGAGGGUUAGUGUGCUGGAUAGCGAUGAGGCUGAAAUCGGAGAGUUGGUGCAGAGGAAGAUGGGAAAGAGUAGCGAGGACGCAGAGAAGGAAAAUCGAUUACGAAUGGCGCUAGAGGAAGCGAAGAGGCGGAAUGGUCAUGCCUGA